UAAAGUGAGCGUUGUACACUUGAAUUACUACAAGGAGUGAUUCGACUUUAAAAAGAUAAAUUUGAAACGUUCCUAUUAAUUACCGGGAAAUUUCAAUCAAAUGGGUGCGUAAAAGUGAAACGCAAAUGCAUUGUGGGUAAAAAAAAUGUUUUGAAGUACAUUUUUACCUUUUUCUUUGCGCAUGCGUACGUGAACCCCUCGCACCAGCGACGAGACCUCGCAUUGUGUUUUCCAUGGCAACCGGGUCCUGACAGUUCCGACCUAAAUCUUACAGCUAACAUUUAAGGUUUCCUGCUAUAUUAGAUAUAUAGGCGACAGUUGUUUCCGCGUGUAAAAUUCCAAAAUCUGUAUAUCUCACACAGAGAAGUACAUUUUUAGUCUUUUUAUGAAGGAUACGCUGGUUAACAUCAUGCUGUCGACCACCUGUAAAGGUGGAGCGGAAAGCGAGGCAUUAUUUCACAUGAUUGGGGACAAAGGAGGCGCUCAGGUGGAUGAAGAAAGACGUCCAGAGGUCGAUGUCCAGGAGUGGUCCGACGAAUCUAAAUACGAGGGCCAAUUUGUGAACGCCUUAAAGCACGGCAAGGGAAAGUACAUUUGGGGAAAUGGAGAGUGUUAUGAAGGAUUUUUCUACAAAGACUGCAGGCAUGGCAGUGGGGAGUACUUUUGGCCCUCAGGUCACAAGUUCACAGGCAAAUUCUACCUUAACAGAAAAGAAGGCUAUGCUGUCCAGGCGUUUCCUGAUGGGGCCACUUUUCAGGGUUUGUACCACACCGAUCAGAGGUUUGGUCCUGGUGUCCUCACCUAUCCAGAUGGACGGCAGGAUGUGGGUCUGUGGCUCGGAAAGCACCUGUUCAGAUUCUGCACCAGUGUGGGGAAAGUAUUUAGUCUGAGCGACUUCCCUGAAUAUGUUGCUUAUAUGGAACCAUCCAUCAUCCACACAGGUCAUCAAACCCAACCUCCCUUUUGUGGUAAUCAAACUAAAGCUAAGACAGAUUUAAAGGCGGUUUUCCAUGAGGAUAUUUUUUCCAAUGAAUGCUUCGUUUUUCCCCCUGGCAUUGAGUGUUACUUUGCUGAUGAUGACCACUUGCCCCUCCCUCCAAACCAGAGAAGAGAAUUGAACCAACACUUCUUUGGAGAGCUCUGGGACCCUAAAGCUCAUCCAUGUCAGAGCGAUUACAACAGGGAUUUGCUGGCUUCUCUGUCUUUACAGGCUAACAUGCAGGCUCACACACACAAACAUAGGCUGCAGGCUGAAACAGUGGGCUGGGACGUGGCAGCUGUUCUCUCUUCCAAUAGAAAAUGCUUUGGCCUUCGAGGGCCUUUGGAAGUCAGUUCAGAACUCAUGAUCCAGCACAGCUUCCGAGGAGAGCUCCAGGCUGUGCUACAGAUCCUGCAGACGGGUUCGGUCCAUCCAGAUGUGGCAGAUUCACAGGGACAGACGGCACUGAUCGCUGCCACAGUAAAUUGUCACGAUGAUGUGAUCCAUUUGUUGCUGGAUCAAGGCGCUGAUAUUGAUAAACUGAAUGAUGAGGGAAUGUCUGCUCUGGCUGUGUGCCUCCUUCUCUACUACCCCUAUCGAUGUUUGCACACAGCUUUGGUUGAACGCACCAAAACUCCAGUUUUAAUGCCAUCAUCUUCAUGCGGAAGCGAUAACCCUGCCACACCUGCUGUUCACAGCAAACCCCUGACCCCUGGGACACCUGAGGGAGAUAUUUCCAAUUUAAUCCACCUGGCUGACCAGACAUCUGACAGGCAUACGGAGCAUCUGUCAUGUACCCGUCCAAUCAGCAGUGAGAGCUUGAUUCCCCUUCAUGAGACUGAGAACUUUGAAACCCCUGAACACCCACAGGAAAGAAAAGAGAGCAAUAGAUGGGAUGAGUACUGUAAAGAUUCAGAAAGACUGGAAAAAGAAGAACAUGACAUAAUCAAAGAGGAGAAAGAGAACAAAGCAGAAAAAAGACAAAUAGAGACCAAUUGUCAUCCACCAAGGGAAAAUCCAGACAUUGAUUUAACAGGUGUGGAGGAAGACAAAGAGACGGAAUAUUCAGAUGAUGAUGUCCAGCUUGAAGAUGAAACGACUAAAGAAACUUCCAACGAAGAGAUUAAGAUUGAAGAAGAUAUAGAUUGCUUCAAGAAAAUAAAAAAUAGUGGAGGUGUGGAAGUGGAAAUCGUGAAAAAACCUAUUGAAGUCAUGGAUGGUCACAUAUUACUGGGAAAAAUGUGGUGGAAGACUCCAGUUAAGAAAAUAGAGGAAGAGUUGACCUCAGUCGAGACCUUUGACUCCAACUCUUCAGUCAGCAGCUAUGAAAUUGAGGUGACAGAAGAAAUGAUGCAACUCUCAGCAGAAGCACUGAGUCGCUCAGGAGUUCUUCAGCACAACCCAGAGGAGACUGUACGGAAAAUGGCAGCCAUGAAAGUAGAACAUCGCAGACGUUUGAAAACCGUCAACCUGUUGCUGCAAAGAGGAGCUGACCCCAACAUGGCCAGGGUCCCCAUGCCUGUCAUCUUUUUAGCCGUGAUGGCAGCUGACCCAGAAGUUGUCAGGACAUUGAUUUUGUCAGGAGCGCGUUGUGACACUCCCCUUCCAAAAGCAAAGAAAGGCCUUUAUCCACUACAUAUUGCUGCAGCACUUCCAGGACCUGCAGGUCCCAGAAUCACAGAGAUGCUCCUGCACGCCAUCGUUGACCCAGAUGCUCAAGCAUGUGACCAGGAUGAUGUCUAUGAACCAGAUGAGAUGUCCAGGAAAACUAACUUAGCUUUGAGAACCACUGAGGGUCCAUGUCUAAAAGAGGGCGGGCAAACUGCCUUGCAUGUCGCCUGUCAGAGGGAAAGUGACCAUGCGAAUGCCAGUGAGGUGGUGGCCCUCCUGCUCUCCCACAGAGCAAGCACAGACAUGCUCUGGAGGGGACACUCGCCACUCUCCCUGGCUAUAGCAAGUGGAAAUGACCUGGCUGUGGAGGAGUUGUUGAAGGGAGGCGCAGAUCCAAACUUACCCCUGGGCUGUGGGGUGGGCAGUGCCCUCUGCGCAAACAUUACCUACCCUAUAGAUGGCAACAGAGUUCAAAUUUUGGAGAUGCUCAUUCAGGCAGGAGCCGACAUGUUGAUGCCGGUCGCAGUGGACGGUGCAGUGGGAACUGUCGUUGACUACGCAUACUCCUCCUUCAGUCGGGACGUUCAUAUUUCCAGGACCCCAUUCCAUGCUCUGAACACUGAGGAGAGGAAAAUCCUUAAAGCACGGCAGCAGCUACUGGGAAUGAUGGUGGAUUUGCUGAGGACAGCAUUUUACCAGAAAGAAACAGAACAUGUAGAGAGACAUCAGGAUUUAGAUUUAAGAAGUGCAAAGGCUGUUCCUUCAAAUGUGUUACAUUCCAACAGUGAGGAAAGAACAAGAAAGACCAGCGAACCCGUGUUGAAGUUCUGCUAUCAGUGUGGCCGCUCCUUGUCUGUGAAGCUAAUGGCAUGUAGCCACUGUCACAGAGUUUCCUUCUGCUCCCGGACCUGCAAACUCAAAGCGUGGGACGAAAGACACAAACUUGAGUGCACAUCUGGAUGGGAAGCUGCAAAGUCCUCCCACAAGGCAACAACACUUCAUAAAACUCAGAGACCUCUGAAAUCUUUCGCUAAAACCAUCUCACCAAAAGUGAAUAUCACAGCCAAAGCUCAAAGGGGACCCGAGCCGUUUCUCAUGGCAGAGAAUCCAGUCACCCUAAAGGAAAACUACAGCAGCAAUUAAUGAAACCUUAACCUUUUAGUGCUUACAUAUAAGCACUUACCUGAGAUUUGCACUGUAUAUUAUUGAUUAUUUGAAAUAUUCUGUUGUGCCAUAGAUGUUUUUAUGUUUUCAUUCACUCUAACUUUUACAAUGAUAAAUUAGUGACGUGGUCCUUUACAGAAUGACAGAAAUGCUGUGAGUAAAGUCUCACAGAUAGUAUCAGAACUUUUCCCAUACAGUUUACUGCUUAGAUUUGUCAAACUGUUACUGCAGAAAGUAAAACAAAACCCUGCUGUACCUACAUUUCUAAAAUACACCUGAGAAAAUGCCUUUUUUCUUUUGAGCAAUGUCAGGAUUUGUGCUUUUCAUGUUUUCCUUUUCUUGGUUUUAAUAUACUUUAUGUUCUAGUUUUGUGUUUUCCCUUCAGUCCCAGUCAAACUAGGUUCCCACACACCGAGAGCCAAUAUUCACAACUGGUUUCUAGUUCAAAUAAUCCAUUUAGUUCUUUUAUAGAAUCCAGUCAAUCCAGUAUUCCAGGAAUGAGCUGCUCCUCCUACAGCAGACAUUCAUAACCUUGUACAAGAAUGCCCCGAAUAAACAUAGAUUUCAUCCUAGCACACCUAAAAGCAAAGAUUUCUCUUUUUUUAAAUUCGGUAUUGUUUGUUUUUUCGGAGAUCAUUUUUAAUUUUGUUUUUAUUACAGAAAACACAACUUUUGUAAACACGAUUAGAUGCCAACAGCUGGUGUUCAGCUUGAAAACUUUUAUUUAGUUUGAAAAUUGUAGCCGAUGUAUACCUUUUGAAAAAAUAAAGAUGAAAUAAAUUGAA